AGUGAAGAAUCUCUCUCUCUACAAUCUCUCUCUCUCUUUCUCUUUCUACUCCACUUGUUUCUGGUUUUUCUCUGAAUGCUUCACCGUUUCGUGUUCAUGGUUAGGGUUUCGUGAUUCGAUUCACAAGAUGUUGCAGAACCCCUUUGCUUCAUCGCUGAGCAUGCAUUGAUUGAUUUUCUCCUUCUUCGUUUUCGGUGGUGGCUGUUCUGGUAUGGAAACGUAUAAUGUUCCUGAAACUAGAAACCCGGAUGCUUUCUUGGUUGAAGGUGCUGAUAUAAACUCACACUUCCCAAGCCCAAAUCUCGAGCAAACUGAAGUCAUGAUUAACGAAGGAACCUCUGAGUUUGUUGUUGACCAGAACAUGUAUUACCCUGCUGCCACCAAUUAUGGUUAUUACUGUACAGGAUUUGAAUCACCCGGGGAAUGGGAGGACCAGAAUAGGAUUUUUGGUGUAGAUGGUCCGGAUAUUCAGUACUCGGGUGCACAAAAUGAAAGUUUGCCAUAUGUAUAUUAUAGCUAUGGAUAUGCACAGUCUCCAUACAAUCCAUAUAAUCCUUACAUUCCCGGUGCUGGGAUAGGAGUUGAUGGCACAUAUGGUGGGGAACAACAAUAUUACACCCUCCCCAAUUAUCAAACCGCUGUUUCUUCACCUGGUUAUGGUCCCUUUGUUCAACCAGAAUUUUUUCCCGAUAGUUCUGCAAACUCCUUGAAUGGAGCCAGUGCUUCUGUCAGUAAACCUGAUGGAAGAGGUUUUAAACCAAAGUUCAAUUCAGCUUCUGGUAACUUUUCUAGGAGCUCUUCAAAAAAUUUAUCAAAUCAGACGAGUUACUUGGCCAGGGCAUCAGAAGGGCCAAGAGCUCAUGAUGGUAGGAAGCAAGAUCUGACACAUGCUAGUGUUUCUGGGAGUAGUUUUCAAAAUUUAGCUUCAUCAGCCAUCAAUCAGACUGCAGUCAGUAAACCUAGGCCGAAGGCUCAGAUCAACAAAGUAUCAAGCGAUGAAAAUGGAAGCUCUGAUAUAUUAAGCGAGCAAAAUCGAGGCCCUAGAAUUAGUAGAUCAAAACAUCAGCUCUGUGUGAAAGCUUAUACAACUAAGGCCGGAGAUGGUAAUGAGCAAGGGAACAUAAUCAUUUGUCCUGAUCAAUAUAACAAGGAGGAUUUUCCUCUUGACUACAAAAAUGCAAAGUUUUUCGUUAUAAAAUCAUACAGUGAGGAUGAUGUGCACAAAAGCAUUAAAUAUAAUGUUUGGUCAUCUACACCUCAUGGAAACAAGAAGCUAGAAAAUGCUUUUGAGGAUGCAAAGAAAAUAGCUGCUGAAAAAUCUGGAAUCUGCCCUAUCUUCCUAUUUUUUUCGGUUAAUGCAAGUGGUCAAUUCUGUGGAGUUGCGGAAAUGACUGGUCCAGUUGACUUUAAUAAGGAUAUGGACUUUUGGCAGCAGGAUAAAUGGAGUGGCAGCUUUCCAGUAAAGUGGCAUAUCCUAAAAGAUGUACCAAAUGGAAAUUUCAGGCACAUUAUUCUAGAGAACAAUGAAAACAAGCCAGUGACUAAUAGCCGAGAUACACAGGAGAUAAUGUAUUGGAAAGGAUUGGAAAUGCUGAAAAUUUUCAAAAAUCAUACUUUGAGGACAUCUUUGCUUGAUGAUUUUAUGUACUAUGAAAACCGUCAGAAGAUCCUGCAGGAUGAGAAAGCCAAGUAUCUAACCAAGAGUUUUGAAAGUCCAUUGUAUAUACCAGCAUUGGAAACUCCUCGAAAGCUGAAUUUUAUGGUUGAUAUGCCUUCAGGACACGAUGAGAAGAAUUCCAAGCUUACGGAUGAUUUUGAAAGUGCGAAACAGAAUUCAGUUUCAACUCCUGAGCAGAUUGUUAGUAAUUCUGAUGCCACAAGCACCAAGCCUGUGGAUGUGCAGACUGAGAAAUCUGCAGCUAAUAAAAACGAUAUUUCCUCCAUCUUAAAGAUUGGUUCAGUCACUAUUACCCCUAAAGCGGUUGAGACUAAACAGUCUGGUAAAGAACCAUUUGAUUUUCUUACAGUUGGCUCAAUGCAAGUCAAAGUUAAUGGGCUUGCUGCAUCUUCUGGUCUCUUGAAGGUUGGCAGUAUCCCACUUGAUGCAAAAGCAUUACAGCAGGAAAAAGUAGAUGCUGCUGUUAAACGUGAAUCUCUACCUUAAAUGUGUACAUGCAUUUCAUGGCACAGUCUGGGAUCUAGUGCACUUCGGUAAAGUUGGACCAAUGUUUGUCCGAUUGUAUGAUGCAAUUGGGAAGUUGAGUUUCCUUUCGAUCUUCCAUUAUUGAUCUGAAUUUUUCUAGUUUAUUUGCUAAUGAUGAUUUUAUACAAUGGAUGUCAUGGGUUUUUGAGUUUGAGCAGUGGUGAUUUUGGUGACUCAAGCUUCUGUAUCAGUAUAACAGCGUGAUCCUCUUUUUUGCAUUUCGCCUGUUGGUGCUCAAGAUCCAUAAGUCAGUUUUCAUUGCGAUUCAUCGAUCUAUGUUGAGGAAGCCUGCAAAACUUCUCACCGUUUUCAUUUUGUGAUUCUGUUUUAUUAACAAAAUCUCAUUUCUGCUCUGUUGUUUAGGAUCUGUUUCAUUUUGAUUUGGUUUAAAGAUGAGGGAAUGUAACAAAUGACUGAAUGAGAGAUUAUUGUUUAACAUGAUAGCAGUACAUCUUUA